CCGCCCGAGCCCGGGGCGGGGCGCCCAUUGGCUGGCCGGCCCGGGGUGACGUCAUCAGGGCGUACUAAGACUAGGGUUGGGCCCGGAGCCGGAGCCAUUACUGCAGGAAAAGAUCCCGCAGAGCUGAGCGGUCAAGAUGUGCGACUUCACCGAGGACCAGACGGCAGAGUUCAAGGAGGCCUUCCAGCUGUUUGACCGGACAGGCGAUGGCAAGAUCCUGUACAGCCAGUGUGGGGACGUGAUGAGGGCCCUGGGCCAGAACCCCACCAACGCCGAGGUGCUCAAGGUCCUGGGGAACCCCAAGAGUGACGAGAUGAAUGUGAAGGUGCUGGACUUUGAGCACUUCCUGCCCAUGCUGCAGACUGUGGCCAAGAACAAGGACCAGGGAACCUAUGAGGAUUACGUUGAAGGCCUUCGGGUGUUUGACAAGGAAGGGAACGGCACUGUCAUGGGUGCUGAGAUCCGCCAUGUCCUUGUCACACUGGGUGAGAAGAUGACAGAGGAGGAAGUAGAGAUGCUGGUGGCAGGGCACGAGGACAGCAAUGGUUGUAUCAACUACGAAGGAGUCACCGACCCAACCCAGGGCAGGGAGGAAGAUGGCCCUUGCCUCUGUUACCUACCGCACGAAUCCCCCAAAAUCCAUUUGCCCCACCAAAUACACGUACGCUGACAUCAACUAAACAGGCGACUUUUAAAAACACAAAACUGACAUCCAGAGGGCAAGGGGUCGUUGGCUGAGCUGGGAAGCCUGAAAGCAACAAUGGGAAGCAGCAGCGGGCACGAGUGCGCAGGGGCAGUGGGUAAGGGAGCUGGGCGGCGACUCAGCCACCAGCCAGGGGCUGGGGGAGACGGGCUCUGCACCCUAUUCUACCAGAGCGCUCCCCAGAACCUCAGUUCCCCUUUCUUGAAAUUGUCAUCCUCUAAAAAAUGUAAGACUUGGUUACUGAAGGGAGUUCAAAUGUGGCUUUUUAAAAUCUCUCUACUUUUUAAAGGGCUUAA